AUUCACCCACUUUCAAGAUAAAACAGAUAAUUAUGGGCCUCCUGCUUCACUUGGUCGGCAUUGCCGUAUUUGGAGGCUGCACCUAUUAUGAAACAUAUCACCUGCUGGAGAAUGCCAAGCUGGUGCAAGAUCAUCCAGUCAUAAAGGAGCUUUUCAGUGUGCGGCCGCAAUGGGGAGGACGAUGGAAAUUCCUCACUGUUUGGGGACUGACAGUGCAGCUGGUGUACAACAUCCUUGCAGCCAUCAAUGAUGUGUUUGGUACCAGCACUGUGGUGUAUAGUGCCACCUCUCGGCUGCAGAGGCUCAGGGAUGUGUUCUUCACUGCGCUCUCCUUGCCUAUUGCCAUGGUGGUGUGUAUCCUGUUCUGGGGCAUGUACGCCAUCAGCCGGGAGCUGGUGUUCCCGGAGGUGAUGGACCUCUUCUACCCGUCGGCGCUGAACCACGGCGUUCACACCGCGCCCGUGGUGCUGGCGCUGCUCGAGCUGGUGCUGGUGCCGCACCACUUCAGCAGUCACCACGUGUCGCUCGCGCUGCUGGUGCUCUUCCUGGGUGCCUACCUGGCCUGGACCAUGUACCUAGCUCUGGUGGCCGAACUGUGGGUGUACGGCGUGAUGAAGGUGCUCUCGUGGCCUCUGAGGAUCGCCUUCAUGGCUGCCAACCUCGCCUUCGCCAUCGGCCUCUACCUCCUCGGCAAGAAGCUGGACCACAUCGUCUGGGGGAAGCAGAAGGCGGACGCGGCCGCCGCCGACCAGCGGCGAGCCAAGAAGCACCGCUAGCGCUGCCGGCCGGCCGCCCGUCGCACCAGUCCAGAGGUCCAGGGGACCGCUGUGUCUCUGCACCUCAGCUGCUCAUGUUACUGUGCGUGUAGAAGACAGGAUGCGAUUGUUUACUCGUUCUGUUGUAGUGAUUAUUUACAUGGUGAUUGAUAUCAGCCGUGCUUCAGAUUCUAUGGUAGAUUGUUCGCACUGAUGGGACGUGAUAUCGGUAGUUUAAUGUAGGACUAUUAUUAUGAAGCAUGAAGACGAAGUCAGUAUAAAGCAUGGCGUCCAUAAGCAAUAACAGUUCAUACUGCUUUUUAUUAGAUCAGGUGACGAUAGAUUCCCCGUGAUUUGCCCCAUUCCCGUGCGAGGUCGCGUCGAGCGACCACGAGUGUCAACUACCGUUCAACUACCAUUCAAUGCAAUGAGUCAGGUUUAAUUGCUCAACUGUGCGAGCCAGCUCACCCGGGUCCAUAUGUGGUUUGCUGGGGCGCCGCCAAUACUCUGUGCUGCCUGGGGCAGCUGCACCUCUCACUGCCUUUAGGCCGGGACUGCCGGGGCCGAGGGUAGCCCCAGUUUUACCGGUGCCGCAUCAGUCUCGGACGUUAUCAACUCCAGUGUGGUAUCCCUCUUACUGCGCGUGGUGUCUGUGUAUUACGACCAGGUGCUGCUCGUCGAACGGCAAACGACUCGUCCAGAUAACCGUACAGAUUAGCGGCGGCGUGUCGGCACUGUCUGUCUAUUGCACACUGCCCGGUGUUUGUGCGGCGUGUACCGCGCUGUGUAGCGGGUACCGCGCUGUGCGGCGUGUACCGCGCUGUGUAGCGGGUACCGCGCUGUACACCAUGUACCGCGUGUGUACACCAUGUACCGCGUGUGUACACCGUGUACCGCGUGUGUACACCAUGUACCGCGUGUGUACACCGUGUACCGCGCUGUGGCACCGACCGUAGGCUGUCGACCAUCGGCCCGCCAGGCCGGCUGGCCGGAGCGGCCGGGGCAGGUCCGUCUCCUACAGCCCCGUACCGCCGACCGGCCCGGCCCGGCCGUCUGGGCCGCGGAAGUGUUUGUCUUCCACCCGGCGGACGGCCCGUGCCACCGGUCUCCCGACCACUCUAUGCAAGGACAAUACAGCAAUAAACAGCCAUCCACCCUC